CCGGCUGUGCCAGAAACUCUUAAGAAAAAGCAAAGGAAUUUUGCUGAACUGAAGAUCAAGUGCUUGAGAAAGAAGUUUGCCCAAAAGAUGUUUCGAAAGGCAAGGAGGAAGCUUAUCUAUGAAAAAGCCAAGCACUAUCACAAGGAAUAUAGGCAAAUGUAAAGAACUGAGAUUUGAAUGGCUAGAAUGGCAAGAAAGCUGGCAACUUUUAUGUACGUGAGGAACCCAAACUGGCAUUUGUCAUCAGGAUCAGCAGUAUCAGUGGCAUGAGCACAAAAGUCCGAAAAGUGUUGCAACUUCUUCGCUUUCACCAAAUCUUCAAUGGCACCUUUGCUAAGCUCAACAAGGCCUCAAUUAACAUGCUGAGGAUUGUGGAAUCAUAUAUUGCAUGGGGGUACCCGAACCGGAAGUCAGUGAACGAACUGAUCUAUAAGCGUGGUUAUGGCAAAAUCAAUAAGAAGCAGAUUGCCUUGACAGAUAACUCUUUGAUUGCACGAUCUCUUGGUAAAUAUGGCAUCAUCUGCAUGGAGGACCUGAUCCAUGAGACCUAUAGUGUUGGGAAACGCUUCAAAGAAGCAAACAACUUCCUGUGGCCCUUCAAACUAUCUUCUCCCAGAAGGGUGAUGAAGAAAAAGACCACCCGUUUUGUAGAAGGGGGAGAUGCCGGCAACAGUGAAGACCAGAUCAAUAGGCUUAUUAGAAGGAUGAACUAAGGUGUCUACUAUGAUUACUUUUAUAAUCUGGUCAGUUAAUAAACAGUGAUUGCUUUCAAAUUAAAAAAAAAUGACAUUUACUGGAGCAUUUAUACAGCUGUGGAGAUGAUGGGCACUUAUUUGAUAUGGUUUGAAGACAUAAGUAUGAGAAAGUGGAGACAGCAGUUUCAGACCAUUCUUUUGAGGUCUUAGUUGU